UCGCAUCAUCUACAGUUAGUUAGACUUUGUAGCUACUGUUGGUGAAAUGACGAUCCGCUAUCAGAUGGUACCUCCUGAAGGAGGCUGGGGUUUUCUGGUUGGAAUCGGAAUGGCGACCAUGUUCACCGUUUCGUUGGGCUCUCUACCUUCGUUUGGGCUCAUGUUCGGAGAUUUUCUAACCGAACUUGGCGAAGAGACCGGAGCGAUUGCAUUAAUCACCAGCAGUUUCUUCAGUGCGCUUAGUUUUGCGGGAUUGUUUACCAAUACACUGAUGAAAAAGACCUCAUGCCGAACAGUGGGUCUAAUAGGAGCAACACUGUAUGUUGCGGGUAGCUUUCUGACGAUCUUCGUACGGUCAACCAAUGAGCUGUUGGUGUCGUUCAGUAUAUUUCAAGGUGCUGGAUUUGGACUAAUGAUACCCGUUUCCUACACAACAUUCAAUGCCUACUUUGUUGAUAAACGAGUGGUUAUGAUGAGUAUAUCACAAACACUGAUUGGACUGGGUACAAUGUUCUAUCCCAUAUUCAUUCAAAGAACAAUGGAAGCGUUUGGAUUUCGUGGAUGCAUGGCCGUUCUGGCGGCAGUUAAUAGCCACACUGUUGCAGCUAUGUUGGUAAUGCAUCCUGUUGAGUGGCAUUUGAAAAAAGUGAAAAUUGAUACGGAAGAAGUUCAACUGAAGAAUGAGUUCGCUUGUGUUAAAGGUAGCAACACUGAAAUCGGAUCCAGGCUACUGAAAACGAUGGGCGUAAGUCGUUCCCGAAGAGCUUCAUCUAUUCCAGGACUUGGAAACUGGUCCGGACCAGUUCUAGUGAGUGACAGCACAGAACGAGACAAGAAACCACCAACGAAGUGGCAGGUGUUGGUAGAUUUUCUAGACCUCACGCUACUGAAGGACCCCAUCUAUGUCAACAUUGUGCUUGGAAUUUCAUUCGCUCUCUACUCGGAUUUGGCGUUCUUCACCCUGCAGCCGAUGUAUUUGUUCAUGAUUGGAUUUAACAAACCGGACGUUUCCCUAAUCAUUGCCAUAGGGGCCGCAGCAGAUUUGCUAUCGCGCAUUUUCCUGGCCAUUUCCAGCACAUGUUUGAACAUUAAGGCUCGCUACGUCUAUCUGGCUGGAGCACUGUUCACCAUCCUGGCACGUUUCGCGUUUUUGUUCGUUUACGAUUUUUAUGGUAUGGUCAUCAUAACGGCUAUAAUGGGAUUCCUGCGAACCUGGAUUCACGUGCCCCUGCCGCUGGUGUUUUCGGAGUAUUUGCCCCCGAAACGGUUUCCUUCCGGUUACGGUUUGUUUAUGUUUCUGCAGGGAAAUAUAACAUUUGCGGUAGGACCAAUUGUCGGAUAUAUCCGGGAUGUUACCGGAAGCUACUCGAUAUCGUUCCAUUGUCUUACGCUGUUCAUGGCGCUGUGCGUAAUCCCGUGGCUCUUCGAGAUCGGCUACUAUCGGUUAAGGACCAGAUGCGACAAAACGGCUGUACAGGAAGUUACUCAUGUAAAUAUAUACCUGGAAACAAUGGACCGAACAGAUGGAAAAUAAAAACAAACCUAAUUAAUAAAGUUAAA